AUGCAAUCCCGAAUCAACCCUAGAUCUGUUCUUUUCCCGCUUGUUGUGGUCUCGGAAUUCUGUAAUGCCGCACUAUACAACACCGUCGUUGAGACCAAUCACGGCCCCAUACAAGGUUAUCCUGCUUUCAAUAGUACCCCCAGCGGGAACUUGACAAAUUGGGAGCAUAUCACAGUAUGGAAGGGCAUACCCUUCGCAGCAUCAACGGCAGCUCAGAAUCGAUUCAGAUCGCCUCAACCAGCCGAAUCGUGGAAUCAGACCUUACUAGCGAAAGAUUUUGGACCUAUCUGCCCUUCUGCAACAACCGGCGACAAUGGCUACAACAUCAGUGAGGAUUGCUUGAAUCUCAACAUCUGGAGUGCCGCCAAUUCCAGCGAUGCGAAGCUUCCCGUGGUCAUGUGGAGUUAUCCAGCGGAAUCUACUGCCGCGGACGCUCUCUUCGACGGUGGCGGUAUGGCGGACAAGGGCAUCGUCUAUGUCAACUACAAUUACCGGACCGGCUCUUUCGGGUGGUUGGCGCACCCUUGGCUCUCGGAUGAAGUCUUGGAGGAGACCGGCCACAAUAGCUCGGGCAAGUGGGGGAUGUUAGAUCAGUUCGCCGCCUUGAAAUGGAUUCACGCGAACAUUGCAGCCUUUGGUGGAGACCCUGAUCACAUCACCGUCAUGGGCCAGUCGGCAGGAUCCGCUGCAACGUACCAUAUCGUGAACAGUCCUCUCACCAAGGGUUUGAUUGUUGGGGCCAUCAUCGAAUCUGGAGUGCGGGAUCCACACGACCCUCUUGCGACAUCUCUUGCCGAAGGAUAUCAAACAUUGGAGACCGCUCUGGAGACUGGCGAGGAAUACGUGGCCAGUCUAAAUGUCAGCAGCCUCGAAGAGCUACGGGCAUUACCGAUGGACAACCUUACCACUUCAUUCAUGGAUACACCUACCUACCUCGAGUCGUUACAAAAGGGCCCAGCAAAUGACAUCCCGAUCAUCACUGGAAACACAAAGGAUGAAAGCGGCGCCAAUUAUGGUCAGGUCGAGAAAGUAACUGAGUACUACUCAUUCCUUAAUGAAACAUACGACAGCGAUACAGGCAAUUGGACCUCCGAGUUUCUCGCUCUCUACCCAACAGACAAUUCGACUUCCGCAACAGGUGCCUACGACUCGCAGUUCACUGACCGGUCUAAAGUUGGCACCUGGCUCUGGGCAAACCUUUGGCAUCCUGCUGCUUCCAGCCCGGUGUACACGUAUUUCUGGGAUCAUGCUCCGCCAAAUCAGACUAGGGGCGCCUACCACGAGUCUGAGAUCAAUUACGUUUUGAACAACCUCUAUGACACAGACUCUCCCUGGACAGCCGAGGACUACGAGAUCGCGGCCAAGAUGAACGGCUACUGGGCCGAUUUCAUCAAGACUGGGGAUCCGAACGGAAACAAUCUCCCGUCCUAG